AUGCUGCAGGUGGGCCUGAAGAUCCGAGCGGUGAUGGGGAGAAUGACAGCUCUACAACUCAACAUGUGUGAUUCUAUGUUCCAUAAUGAAGAGCUUAUGGACAUACUGAGACAGUGGAAGUUUAACGCACUCCUUUCUGAUCCAAUGAUGCCUUGCAGUGACUUAAUGGCAGAUGCUCUUAACAUACCUCUCAUUAUCUCGUUAAGGUUUACAUUUGGCAUGGCUUUCGAGAGGCAUCGUUGCCAGUUACCAGCAACCCCCUCUUUCGUUCCUACAAUUUUGUUAUGUAUAUGAUGCAGUCUAGUCUUUUCUGUAUACACUGCCUAGUGACCCUGCAUAAUUACUACAGUGAGAUCAAGGGUAAGUUGAUCAUAAUUUGUCAAAAGUUUGAAGGGUCCUUGCAUCAGAAGCUCAAUCUUAUCUCUGGUAUUUGAAUAUCUGCAAAUAGAACAUAAUGUCAUAACUUGGUUUAUUCUUGUCUUUUUUUUUUUUUUCACCUUUAUUUAACCAGGUAAGCCAGUUGAGAACAAGUUCUCAUUUACAACUGUGACCUGGCUAAGAUAAAGCAAAGCAGUGCGAUUAAAAACAACAACACAGAGUUACAUAUGGGGUAAAACAAAACAUAAAGUCAAAAAAUACAACAGAAAAUAUAUAUACAGUGUGUGCAAAUGUAGCAAGUUAUGGAGGUAAGGCAAUAAGUAGGCUAUAGUGCAAAAUAAUUACAAUUAGUAUUAACACUGGAAUGAUAGAUGUGCAAGAGAUUAUGUGCAAAUAGAGAUACUGGGGUGCAAAUUAGCAAAAUAAAUAACAAUAUAGGGAUGAGGUAGUUGGGUGGGCUAAUUUCAGAUGGGCUGUGUACAGGUGCAGUGAUCGGUAAGGUGCUCUGACAACUGAUGCUUAAAGUUAGUGAGGGAGAUAAGAGUCUCCAGCUUCAGAGAUUUUUGCAAUUUGUUCCAGUCAUUGGCAGCAGAGAACUGGAAGGAAUGGCGGCCAAAGGAGGUGUUGGCUUUGGGGAUGACCAGUGAGAUAUACCUGCUGGAGCGCAUACUACGGGUGGGUGUUGCUAUGGUGACCAAUGAUCUAAGAUAAGGCGGGGAUUUGCCUAGCAGUGAUUUAUAGGCCUGGAGCCAGUGGGUUUGACGACGAACAUGUAAUGAGGACCAGCCAACAAGAGCGUACAAGUCACAGUGGUGGGUAGUGUAUGGGGCUUUGGAGACAAAACGGAUGGCACUGUGAUAGACUACAUCCAAUUUGCUGAGUAGAGUGUUGGAGGCUAUUUUGUAAAUGACAUCGCCGAAGUCAAGGAUCGGUAGGAUAGUCAGUUUUACGAGGGCAUGUUUGGCAGCAUGAGUGAAGGAGGCUUUGUUGCGAAAUAGGAAGCCGAUUCUGGAUUUAACUUUGGAUUGGAGAUUCUUAAUGUGAGUCUAGAAGGAGAGUUUACAGUCUAACCAGACACCUAGGUAUUUGUAGUUGUCCACAUACUCUAGGUCAGACCCGUCGAGAGUAGUGAUUCUAGUCGGGUAGGCGUGUGCCAGCAGCAUUCGAUUGAAGAGCAUGCAUUUAGUUUUACUAGUGUUUAAGAGCAGUUGGAGGCUACUGAAGGAGUGUUGUAUGGCAUUGAAGCUCGUUUGGAGGUUUGUUAACACAGUGUCCAAUGAAGGGCCAGAUGUAUACAAAAUGGUGUCGUCUGCGUAGAGGUGGAUCUGAGAGUCACCAGCAGCAAGAGCGACAUCAUUGAAAUACACGGAGAAAAGAGUCGGCCCAAGAAUUGAACCCUGUGGCACCCCCAUAGAGACUGCCAUAGGUCCAGACAACAGGCCCUCCGAUUUGACGCAUUGAACUCUAUCUGAGAAGUAGUUGGUGAACCAGGCGAGGCAGUCAUUUGAGAAACCAAGGCUACAUUUGAUUGUUUUAGAGUGAAUAAGCAAAAACAAGUAAGGCACUCCUUUGAUACAGUUCUGAUAGAAGCAGUGCUUUUCCUAUUGACGUUAUAUGUGAACAGAAUCUGUUCUGUGUGCAAAUUUGAAAAACUUAAUGCAUAUUACACACUUUUCAGUACAAUAACUGUUCCAUUGUGAUGGAGAAUCCUCUUUGAAAGUUUGGUCCUGCUUUAAAUUACGUUCAGCUAUUAAAGGCUUCAUAAAGCCUUCAAAAUGCCUUCAUACACACUACAUAAAUGUGUUACAAAGCAUCUAUAACUGUAUGUCAUGCUUUAUAAAGGGUUCAUAAAUGUGUCAUAACUGAGUGACAAUCACCAUUGUCAAAUGUGACAUAAUCCACUAUGCAGAAUAUGAUAUAUACACGUGCUUUAUAAAGGGUGACAUGUUGUGCUGAAGGAUGGCAAACACUCUAAAGUGAAGUCAUGUUAGUCGCUUAAGACCUAAUCCGUUCCCAGAAACUUCAGCCGAAAUGCGCGGAAGGUUUGGUGGACUAACGCAUCACACUUGGCCUUCAUUAGAUAGGGUUAGGUUUCAAAUCUAAUUUUAAGAAGAUAAAUUGUGGAAAUGGGCAGGGUUUAGCCAUAAUUAUGACUUUGUGGCUGUGUUAACUAAUGACGACCUGGAGGAAUGAUGACAAAUACUUAGAAUUAUAAGGUCACUCCCACUAAGGCCAACUUUGAAUGGUUGAUAUCCCAGGCUUAUACACUACCAGUCAAAAGUUUGGACACACCUACUCAUUCAAGGGUAUUUCUUUAUUUUUUAAAAUGUUUUACAUUGUAGAAUAGUAGUGAAGACAUCAAAACUACGAAAUAACACAUAUGGAAUCAUGUAGUAACCAAAAAAGUGUUAAACAAAUCAAAAUAUAUUUGAGAUUUGAGAUUCUUCAAAUAGCCACACUUUGCCUUGAUGACAGCUUUGCACACACUUGGCAUUCUCUCAACCAGCUUCAUGAGGUGUCACCUGGAAUGCAUUUCAAUUAACAGGUGUGCCUUCUUAAAAGUUAAUUUGUGGAAUUUCUCUCCUUCCUAAUACGUUUGAGCCAAUCAGUUGUGUUGUGACAAGGUAGGGGGGGUAUACAGAAGAUAGCCCUAUUUGGUAAAAGACCAAGUCCAUAUUAUGGCAAGAACAGCUCAAAUAAGCAAAGAGAAACGACAGUCCAUCAUUACUUUAAGACAUGAAAGUCAGUCAAUACGGAACAUUUCAUGAACUUUGAAAGUUUCUUCAAGUGCAGUCGCAAAAAACAUCAAGCGCUAUGAUGAAACUGGCUCUCAUGAGGACCGCCACAGGAAUGAAAGACCCAGAGUUACCUCUGCUGCAGAGGAUAAGUUCAUUAGAGUUACCAGCCCAAAUAAAUGUUUCACAGAGUUCAAGUCACAGACACAUCUCAACAUCAACUGUUCAGAGGGGACUGUGUGAAUCAGGCAUUCAUGGUCGAAUUGCUGCAAAGAAACCUUUUAAAACACAGGCUUAUGUCAUAUUUGACAUAGUGGGUUAUGUCACAUUUGACAUUGGUGGUUAUAUCACACAGUUAUGCCACAUUUAUCAACCCUUUAUAGAGCAUGACAUAUGGUUAUAGAUGAUUUCUGACACAUUUAUGUAGUGUUUAUGAAGACUUUAUGAAGGCUUAAUGAAGCCUUUAUAAGCUGCACGUCAUUUAAAGCGGUCUAAUGCUAUAACUACUUAUUCAGCAGUACUGUGUCUCAUUCAUAAUCCAUCUUAAUAUUUAUCAGGCAAACCUACGACUUUAUGUGAGACCAUGGGGAAGGCAGAUAUCUGGUUGAUACGAACCUACUGGGACUUUGAGUAUCCUUGACCUUUCCUUCCAAACUUUACAUUUGUGGGCGGCCUUCACUGUAAACCUGCAAACCCACUUCCAGAAGUAAGGCCUUUAAAUACAGUCUAUCAACUGUCUUACAAGAUAAUUCAACAGUCCUGAAGGCUGAUAUCAGCGAAUCACAAUAAAGUAACAUGUUAUCAGUCCAUUUAGUAGGAUUGCACUGAGAUUGUGUUGUUUUUUUCAGGCCAUGUAGGAGUUUGUGCAGAGCUCAGGAGAUGAUGGAAUCGUGGUGUUUUCACUGGGGUCCAUGGUCAAGAACCAAACUAAAGAAAGAGGAAGCACCAUAGCCACUGCACUGGGAAAAAUACCACAAAAGGUUAGUCGGUUGCUUAAAAAAAAUAGCUUUGUACAAUUGUUAUAAGCAGAGGUGUCAUCGCCAUUGAUCCCUGAUUUUGAUCCAUUUGUAGAAUUCAAACAUACAAGCAGCCUACAGUUUUCCUUUACACAGAAUUCUGUCAGAGAUAUUGAAUUUAGCUAUUAAUGCCCCUUCAAAAAGCAUAUUAGAGUAUCGUUUCAAUCCAGAUUCUCUUUCAUAUUCCUGUUUUCUCACCAAAGGUGUUGUGGAGAUACAGUGGGGAGAAACCAGAGACUCUUGCCCCCAACACAAGAGUUUAUGACUGGAUUCCACAAAAUGAUUUACUUGGUAAUAUGUCCUUCUUUAUAACAGUCAUAUAAACAUAUAAACAGUCCUUGUGUGCAACACCGUGUUCAACAACCCUACUUUUCUCUCAUUGUGUUGUAUCAAAAAGGUCAUCCAAAGACCAAAGCCUUCAUCACCCAUGGUGGGACAAAUGGAUUAUAUGAAUCCAUUUACCAUGGAUUACCAAUGGUGGGCACCCCCCUGUUCGCUGACCAGCCAAGCAAUAUCAUCCAGAUGAAAAACAAGAGAGCUGCUGUGAUGGUGGACUUCAACAAGAUUACAUGCAAAUACCUUGUGGAUGGCCUCAACAGUGUGAUCCAUGCUCCAUCGUAA